CCGCUUCCCCCCUUCCUUGAUUUCUUCCUUUCCUCCGCACUCCACGUCCGAAAAUGCAUCCAGCAUCCUGACGGGAUGUCCACGGAUUGUUCCCAUCUGUCUCCCUGCGAUGCAGAGCGAGAGAGACUGAGAGAAGUUGCAAAGUAUUAUUGCAUCGUCGAUCGUCGCUCAACCGCCGGCGACAAUGACAUUCAACCUCUCCAGGGCGACCAACAGCCGGAUAACGACAACAAACGACUCUCGCCGGAUACCGCCCUGACAGCGCUUGCCCGCCUCGGUGUUUUGCAACUCGGCUGCAACCGUGCGUUUGUCUCGAUCAUUGAUGAGGCCCAUCACCAUGUCAUCGCCGAAGCCACCGCGUCCGUUUCGCUUGGAAAUGCCCACAAACAUCAGAAUAACGAUGGAUUAUACUUGGGGACACGGUCGCUACACAUGGGAUGGGGAGUGGUACCGCAGACGAUCAAAUUCUUCACCAACCGGAAUCCCUCCACGCCGAUCGAGACGGACAAUUUGAUCGCCAACAGCACGCGAUAUGUCGUUCGCGAUUUCACAAAAGAGGAAGCGUACAAGGACCGACCAUACGUUGUCGGCUGGCCGCAUAUGCGAUUUUAUGCCGCAGUUCCCGUUAGAAGCCCCGGUGGCUACGUAUUGGGAUCGUACUGCAUUAUCGACGACAAGCCGCGGUCGGACUUUGGCGAUACCGAGGUAGAAGCUUUGCAAGAGAUCGCAGAUGCGAUUGCACAGCAUCUGGAGACUGUCCGAUUGUCGCACUGCCAUUGGAGAACCGAAGCGCUGGUCAAAAGCCUGACGACUUUUGUCAAAGACCACGCCGAGUUUGAUCCCACCGAGCCAUACAAACCUGCAGCUUCUCAGUCGCUAAAUGUUUUUGGCACGCAGGCAGGGGAUAGACUGUCUAAAGCUUCGGAUGAUAGCCAUCUCAAUUUGUCGAGUGCCGCUUUCGACGGCGAGGGAUCAGAAGCCAACCUGGGCCCGCUUUCUCCCUCCGAGGGAACGGCGGAGCUUACAUCGCUCUUUUCAAAAGUAACUUGCUCCGAACAGACCGAAUUAUCCGCUCCUCCCAGAUUUGAACGAUCGAUUUCCGCUUUGUCCUGGAACGGGGACGAACCAAGAGACCCCAUGAGCCUGCCGCGAAACGCCCCGGCUGUUACCGACAGGCCCACGAAUGACGCCCAGGCGUCGGCCACGGACAUUGCAAACCGGAUUUCGAAAAUAUUCUCUCGAGCAAGUGUCCUCCUUCGCGACUCGAUGGAUUUAGAUGGUGUCCUAUUCGUCGAUGCGUCCCGGUGCAAUGGGGGAGUUGUCCUUGCGAAUGAUACUGGAACAUGGGAACCAUUGCCAUCAACGCUAAAUCCAGGUUUUUUGGCCGAUCCCUAUCCGAGCCCGGUCGAUAUUCCAGGAGUCGGCUCGCUCUCCAAAGCAGCCGAGGAUCCAUGCGUGUUGUUAGGUCGUGCGCUGCGCGACACCACCAGAUCGGCUUAUCCGCAAUGCGAUUUCAACAUCACUGACAAAAUACUGGACGACCUGAUGGCAAAUUUCCCGCAAGGCCAGAUUUUCGACUUGAGCGAGUCGAAAAAUGAGGAAUGGUCUCUUCAGGCCUCUGACCCGGUGAGGGAUCUCUGCCGACAGCUCGCAUGCCACUUUCCAGACGCUAGCUCUGUCCUGUUCUCUCCAAUCUGGGAUUGGAACAAGUCUCGGUGGCUUGCGGGAACCCUGGUAUGGACGAGCAAUACCUUUCGUGCCUUGGGAGCGGACGAGUUGCAUUACUUCAAAGUUUUUGGCGACUCGAUUAUCUCUGAAGUGGCUCGCGUCGACUGGGCAACGACUCAGAAAUCCAAGUCCGCUUUUAUGUCAUCGGUCAGCCAUGAGUUGCGAUCACCGCUGCACGGCAUUCUCGCCAGCGCAGAACUCCUGGGAGCCACCUCGCUGCCGCCGCAGGAACAGCACCUGGUGAACAUGGUAGAGGCAUGCGGUAUGACUCUGCUCGACACUCUCAACCAUUUACUGGACUUUUCUGGAAUCAACAACCUUACUUCGUUGGAAGAUUCUCCUCCAGGUGCUCCCGAUGUCGGAUUGACCAGUCUGGAGACUACAUUCGACCUCGGAGAUUUAGUAGAAGAGGUUGUGGAAGUUCAAUACACUGGCCAGACAUUGCCAAAAACUGCUGCGCAUCUCGACCAGAGCCCAGUCUCCCCUUCGCCAGACGACUUUGACACUUGCAAAGAUGAGGUGUCGGUUAUUGUUCGCGUCGAGGAUGCACCGACCUGGAAAAUCCAGUCGGUCCCUGGUGCUUGGAAACGGAUUGUGAUGAAUGUGCUUGGCAACUCCUUGAAAUGGACAAAAGCCGGUUUUGUCGAGGUAUCUCUCUCAAAGGUGAGGCGAAAGAGGGAUCCGUUGCAUGUUUUCGCUCUUCUUUCAAUCACCGAUACUGGGUCUGGAAUUGCUGCGGAUUUUCUCCGACACAAGCUAUUCUCCCCUUUUGCGCAAGAGAAUUCCCUAUCCGAAGGACUGGGUCUUGGGUUGAGUAUUGUGCGGCAGCUCGUGGCUUCCCUUGAUGGUCACGUCAACGUCAGGAGUGAAGUGGGUGUGGGCACGCAAGUGGAUAUAUUCGUACCAGUUGAAAUGCUUCGGGAACCGCCGUCAAUUCCUCCGUCGCUUCCGAUGAUUGACGAAAACGUUCAAUCAGGCCCCCCGAUCCGCGCCUGUCUUAUUGGAUUCAACGACUAUCCCGGUCUUGGGGAAACGCCAACCGGUAUCUUACCUCCGGAGUCGAAACGGAAGCUCGCCAUCAGGAGCUGCCUCACUGCUAUCCUUGCAAAGCAGCCGGGCUGGAGUGUAUCGUCGUCGGAAUCCUUCACCAACUCAGAAGGUGACGUUGCGAUCAUUGAAGAGGCAAAGUUCAUGGAUAUUAUCAAGAAUGGACCGUCAUCCCUCGAAAAUGCGCGAAAUAUGGGUUUCAAGAAGAUAUUCAUCAUGCUCAACAGCAAGACGCCCGAUCCGCUGCCUAUACAGUAUUCGAACGUCAUUCGCGUUUCCCAGCCUUUCGGUUGCCGCAAGUUCCGACACGCAGUAGUUAAAGUCCACGAACUCCUGCAGAACCCGCCACUUGAAUCACCCUGCAUAGUAUCGGAAACCCUCCCUUCCCCCGACGCCGUCAGAUCAGAGCUUGUGCCAACUCUUCUUGCGGACGUUACGCUCAGUCAACCCCCGCCGGUAUCACAACCCAAAGAACCUAUCCCUUCGAUAUUGCAAGUUCCGACACCCUUGCAUCUCCUCAUCGUGGACGACAACGAAAUAAACCUCAAGAUCCUGGCAACAUUUGCUGGCAAAAUCGGUUGCACCUACGAGACAGCGACGGAUGGCUUGAUUGCACUCAACAAGUAUAAAGAGUCCCGGCGACGAUAUGAUCUCAUUCUUAUGGAUAUCUCCAUGCCAGUCAUGGACGGUAUAGUGUCGACAAACGAGAUUCGCUUGUUCGAGGAAGAAAGGAACCUCCCGAGGUCGCGCAUCAUGGCUGUGACAGGGGUGGCCUCGACGGACAUGCAGCAAAGAGCCAAAGCUGUGGGGAUUGAUGACUACCUCGUCAAGCCAGUUUCUCUCGUUGCCUUGAAGAAGGUCAUUGCUGCUUUAUGAACUGUUAUUCGGUGUUGUGGUUGGACAAGUGUGAUCAUCGGCAUUGCCGAUGAGGAGUUGGAAUGUAUCUGGAGUCCGGCAAUAUACGCGCCGCGACGUCCUUGAGAUUUUAGCGACGUUGCCACGAAUAUGAUGGCAGCUUGGCGCUUGCAUUUAGCAGCACAUCUGGGGCGGAGUUCCGCCCGCCUGAUGAUUUGUUUGAGCUUUGUAGAUAUCCACCAAUCAGCGAUAUAUUCAAAUUUAUAGCUGUCUUUUCCUGAUACCUCAAGUGAUCUU